CAUUCGCAGCCGCAGCUGUCAAUCACCAGGUCCUGGACGGUAAUUACUCGCCGACACCCAGUGAUUUCCAAAGAUCUCCGACGGGGAGGAGAACUGUUUUGUUUACUAACAGUUUUUCCUGUCAGCUCUGGCAGACUGCUCUGGAUGGCUAGCAGUGUGAUUACAGUGAAGCACACAGACACCGCCCCUUAGUAAAACCCUCCCUGCACACAGUUAACCCUUUGAUCGCCCCUCAUGUUAACCCCUUCCUGCCCAGUGCCAUUAGUGCAGUGUAGGUGCUUUAUUUUAGCACCAAUCACUGUAUUGGUGUCACUGGGGAUGUCAGUGACACCAAGUCAGUUCCCCCCAGUGUCAGAAUGUCCACCACAGUCCGCAAUAAUUCGCUG